CAUACUGGGGACCUUAAGGAUUAGGUCAAUGUUUCUAUUGUAUUAUUUUACUGUUUUUAUGUUUAUUGUUUUAUUUAAUCUAACUGUGACAUUGUGUUUUCUUGCUUGUAGUUUUUAUGAUUUGAAUAUCCUAUUUUACACGUGAAGCACUUUUGCCCAUUCUAUUAUAAUAGUGCUCUGUAAAUAAAGAUAGAUAAAUCAAAACUACAGCUUAGGAAUUGUGGAGUGUCAAAUCAUAGAGUGUUACAAAACACUGCAAACUUCAAACCACUUAAUUUGAAUUUUUCACCUGUGUAUCUACCCUUCCUGUCUUACACAAGUCCUGUCUACACCUGUUGGACAGAGCCAGUGAGGCAGCCAAAGAAAGCAGUUUAGACAGAAACCUCCUUUUGCAAUCUCAUCUCUGAAGAAACUGAGGCUUUCAUUGGUGCUUCUAGAGAAGAAUGGAGGCGCCGGGUGAACACGUGAGCCCAGCACCAGCACUACCAGCCCUGCUGGCUAUCAACCCGUAGACUUUGCCUCUGCUUGCAAAGAAAAAAAAAAAGCAAAUGACAGGAAUGAUGUAGAUGAUUUUUUUUCAGGAGGAAAUACCUGUUUCUUUGUUUGAAACUUGGCAGGUUUUUGAUUGGCUAUGACACAUCUUCAAAGGAUUGGAGCACAUUAUAUAGUCUGAACGCACGCCUUAGCAGACAGAAGACGAUAACCAGAAAACAUCACAGUGACAGAAGACAAGAUGUUCACACAAAGAUGCACAUACCUAAGCAAGGCGCUCGCCUUCACAGUGACAGUGUCGCUUCUGCUGGCCACGGCUGCAAAGCCUGAGGUGUUGAGUGACGACACCCUGGCCACUGGGUCGCCUUCUCUCUCAGACUUGCCUCUUACAGACCACACCAUCAACAGCAGCAUUGGCGAGGCUGAGGCCCAGGCACUUAUAAGGCCGUGUGGAGAUGAAAAUGACAAGUACUGUUUACACGGUGGCACAUGUGUGCUUCCCCAAGACAGUAACCAAACCUCUUGCCACUGCAAGCCUUCGUACAGUGGGCAACGCUGUGAGAUAUUGGUUGACCUGGCCAACAAUUUUUACCAACCCUUUGGUGCGGAGAAUGUGAUUGGCAUCAUUUGUGGGGUGAUCAUGGUCCUCAUCGUUCUGGGUCUUGCCAUCUGCUGCUUUGUCAAAAGGAGACGUGUAAAAUCGGCACCUCUUAUAAAAACGACGGGAUCAGAGAAUUCGGUGUGACAUCUUUAACUUCUCAUCACGGUGUUUCUAUAAAACUUGAACUGGAUUUUAUUUAAUAAUCUAAACCGACAUUUUCCAGUUAGAACAGCUUUUUACAUUAUGUACACUCAUUAUGUACACUCAAUUUAAAAUUACAUGUUGCAAUGUGAA